AGGGGCGGAGCUUCUGGAGCUUUCUGGAAAUUUCCAUUCUAUUCGAUGCUGUGUGGAGACCGAACCGCUUCAAUCAACCCCGUCAAAGACAGCUGAAGAUUUUAACUGCAGGAAAGCUUUAUUUUAGUUUUUUUCCUCCGAGGAUUUACGCUGUUUCUUCAGGUUUAACAAUGAGAACUGAAAAUGGAGUUCGAGCUCAGCAGCGUGAUCUUGAAAAGGGAAGGCGACUCGUUUUCAACCAGGACUCUUCACCAACACCCAGCUCAUCACGGUCAAGCAGCAGCAGCAGCAGUGACAGUUCUUAUUCCAGCAGUGAUCGAAGCAGAUCCCCGUCUGUGUCGCGCAGGCCACGGAGACACCACCGACAUGGAUCACGUUACUCUUCAUCUUCAAGUCGCAGCUCCCGUUCUCGUUCUCGCCCGCGCUGUUGCCGAACUUCAGAUCGUUCCUUUUACCACUGUCGGCAUCGAUCUCGCUCAUACAGCCCCUAUCCUAGGUGCUCAUCCCGUCAUGGACGACGAAGAUACUCGCGCUCGAUCAGCCGCUCUUCUUCCCGGGAAAGUUAUUACAGGAGGUCGAGGAGGUCCCGGUCUCGCUCCUCAAGCUACAGGAGAAGAAGGGGUGCUUACGUUGGCAGGUUCAGGUGCCAAUUCUCCCCCUCACCUAUGAGGAGAUACUACAGGUACAAGUCGAAAUCUCCAGAAUGCUCCAUUCGGCUUAGUCAGAAAGACAAAAUGGCUCUUUUGGAUGUUGCCAGAGAGAAUGCAGCGAAGAUUCUGGGAGUAGAGGUGGUGAAGCUGCCUGCCAGCUUGAGGUGUGUUGAGGAACAAGUGGAAAAGACGUUAAAGUCCAACCCUGAGGAAAGGGUGAGAGCAGACCCAGUGCUCCUGAAGAAACCACCACAGACAUGGUUGUUUUUGGCUGAUGGAUGUAACGGAAUCGUGAUGAAGACAAAAAAUAUAGACCACCAACACCUACAUACUGUCUUAUCUGGAUUAGAUCACAUGACAGUGGUCUGCACUCCUCCACCCUUUGGAGUAGGAGAAAGAGGUGGAAAUCGUUUCACUUGAGAGACGCCAUUUUUCAGGAUGGUUUAAAAUCUUGUAAUGUGCAAAGGUCAAGUAACAUCAGUGCAAAUAUUGUUAGUCCUAGAUUUUCCUUAUGAUAGACUGAUGAUGCAGUACUGAAUUAUUAUUUUUUAUAUGAGACUUGGUACAAGGCAGGUCAUCCUGUUGUAGAGCCACAUACCUCUAUCAGUAGGACUUGAAUGUAAACUCACUGAUGGUUGAACUAGGUGCAUUGUGAUUUACCAGAGUCUUCCUUGGUUCUGUGUGUCUGAAGAACCUCAGGCGUACAGACUGGCCUUAAGUUCGAAGAAACCUCGUAUACCAAAGACCAGUCUGUGCACAGAGUGCUGGAUGAGGGUUUGGAAACAUAUUACAUUUACUGCAUCUUUAUUUAGGAUGUUUUUGUUUUAUUUUAUUACUCUUAUACAUUUUUGUUUACUUUCUCUCUGACUGCAGCACAAGCGGUUGACAGAUGAAUAGAAACGUGCACUACAAUGCCAAAGUCACUAUAAGUAGACUUGGUUUCCUUAUUUCUUCAUGCAUGCAAGAUGUUUUGUUAGAAAACAAUUAUUACAUGUAUUAGUGUUUAAUAUAGUUGUCUCUUCUUUUCUUUAGGAUGAAGGUGAGGCAGAUGAAGACAUGGGGAUUUCUAGAACAUCUCCAGGAAGAAAACCAAUUGCCUUCAGUAUCCACAAUGUUGUUGCCAAACCAUCAGACAGCCCAACGCUUCAUGUUACAAAGAGUAAGGUAACAUCCAGAGCAGACAUUGUGGGGAACAGUAAACCAUAUGGACGGUGGAUCCCUGUCAAGACGGUUUCCAUUAAAAAGCGCUGAUCCUCGUGUUGGAGUUUAUUAUUGUGGUGUAUAUACUGUAAAGUCUGUAUGUAUAGGGAGAUGUGAGCAUAGUGGAUUCAUCAGGAAUGUUUUCUUUCAGAUGUAAAGUGAUUUUAAGUUGGAAGAAGACAAAUGGAUAUCAAACAGGUGGGAGGUUUUGUGUAUAACUUUUUUUUUUCUGUAAAUAGUUUCUAAUAAAGAUUUAUAAAAUGAAGUUGGGUAAAAGAACUGUAUGAACAAGACUUUAAAUAAACAAAUUUCACAAUUUAA